AUGACUAGCUCGGUAGUAUCUGCAGAUAUUCCUGCCUGGAACACUUCCACUAUUGCUUUAAAUAAUGAUUCGCGCUCAGUUCCGGAUGACUGGGACAACGAUGAGCCAGCGGAAGAGUCGGCAAAAGAAAUAUGGGACCGUGCUAAUACCGCAGCCCCGAUGCCGCAGAUACAAAUGUCUUCUCAAUCCACCAAUCUGCCACCCGUAGCUGCGAUUAUGCCGUCCAUGCGGAUCCUUCAGCGCCCGAAAUCAACGUCAGCGUCUCAGUCUGGCAGUAACCCAACCCCAGCCAGUACCAAGUCUCUCCAAGAACGCGAAGCGGACUAUAAAGCUGCGAGGGAGCGUAUUUUUGCCAGCUCUGGGGGUGGGAGUAGCGCAAGCAGUAGCCGUGAAGCAAGUCCGGCUCCGAAGCGAGGAAUACUAAACAGAGGCCGUGGGGGGCAUGGGGGCAACGGGCAUCGCAAGGGAAGUCCCGGUACUCCAGAGGGCUCAGUUGGGGCGGGAGUCACGAGGGAACCGCAUGGUGCACAGGACGGACGUGGGUUUGCCCCAAGGGGUAGGCGAGGAAGGGGUGGUGGAAGAGGCGGAUCGAGCCAAUAA